CGCGCGGAGCGACGACACGAUGACAGCUCGCCGCCGCGCCGCGUGUUAUCCCUCGCGUCUGAUAAAACGCGGGGAUUUUUCAUCGGCGCACAGGCGAGCGCGGGUCGCUAUUCUUGGACGUGAUUCAGAUCUUCGGCGGACGUUGUUUGCAUCUCUGCGGUUUUGCACGUAUACGCGCCGACGGGAAUAACGGAUUUGCAUGCUAUAUAACCUAUUCCGCGUUUCAUUGAGAACUCGAGAGAUGGUCUGACCAUUUUGUGGAAUGUAUACAUGACUAAAAUAAUGCGAGAAAAAUGGUAAGCAAUUUACCACAAGAAUUCAAGAGGUAUCAGCGGAACAGGAAUCAGCUACGCCAUAUACUCGAGGAGACGCAGCGUACGUUAGAAGUUAUAAAGCUUGAAAACUUUUUCCCCGGAGAGAAUAUUAUCGAGGAAUUGCUGCCACCGUUGACCUUGGACAGAGUGACGCACAUCCUUGAUAAUUCACCGGCAAUAGUCAUUUUUGGGCAAGACAAUAAAGCCAAGGCUUCGCUGAUCAAUAAUCUGCUUUCCACCGACAUUUUGCCACUGUCCAACGAUUCGUGGAGAUGGGUCAAGUUCACUUAUGGUCGCACGAAUCAUGUCAGUCUUACUUUAGGUUUAGAAUACGAAGUGGUCGAGACGUUGCGGGCGAAUGAGAAAUCAUGGAGCACGCUUCCCCUGGAAGAUCUAGAGAAGUCAAUAAACGAAGAUAUCAAUUGCCCCACGGUGCUGGAGGUGAAGCUAGAUCAAGCAAUACUGAGAGAAGGCGUUCAGAUAUUUGUCGUCCCCAACAAUGGCGUGGUAAAAAUUCUUGCUAAAGGCUCGUUGAAAGUUUUACCCAUAUUUCUCUAUGCCCUGGGGGAGCAACCGUUGGCUGAAGACAAUUUGGAAGAGCUGAGAGAUUUGAAAGAGACUUAUCCGUAUAAUCCGAUUUUGUUCAUAUCGUCAUUAGCUAAUGUCUUGUUGGAUGGCACAGACGCGGAAUUGACUGAGUCUGAGCAGCACAGUCUGCAAAAUCGAAUAGAAGUGCCGAGCGUGUCUAAAGAGCCUAGGAGUGAUGAUAGUAUUAAUAUUGACAAAAUGAAUUCACUCGGUCUUACGUGGCUAGACCAGUUGAGCAGCCUGGGAUUCCUAGGGAUGGAAGAGUCUGUGGAGGUUCAUCAGUUAACGUGGCUCGUCGGCGAGCGAUACGUUAAUAACUCGAGCGAUCUAGUGGAUUCAUGCAAAAAUACGGACCGCGUUUUACAUUUCACGCGUGCCUGCUUGCAAAGCUAUCUGAUUAACGCCAGUACUUAUUUGAAUGAAAUACAUACGACCAGUCUACGUAAAUUUAUUUUAAGUGCGUUUGACAUGGCACGAAAGAUACAGAUCACUCCUAGAAGGAUACAGUACGCCCAACAAAAAGAAAACGAACUCUAUGCUAGUCUAAUGAAGGUUGUUAAUGAGCAGCAGAUGGAACUAACUGAAUUAAUACAAUGUAUUAUUCAGGAGAUGAAGGACGAUAUAUUAGAGUCCACCGAUGAUAGUUACCAGUGUCAAACUGUUCCUUUCGAUAACAAUGAGCGGGUAGAGUGGACGGUUACUGUUCGUGUCGCAACGUCGGAGGUUCAACGAUUUGUGCUGGGUCGCCUGGGCGAGAAGGUCGCGAAGGAGCUCGUUAACUCGGUCAACUGCCUUCGAGAAACUUUUAUCGGGACCCUACAACGUUGCUUGAUAAGUCUCGAAAAGACUUAUGAGCACGAUAGCAGCCUGCUAGCCAGCGAUGCCUUGAAGCAAAUACUUUCCGCGGCGUACAAUGUGGAAUUGCACAACUCGUCACCGUCGUUGGUGCACUCGUUCUUGGAAAGGUUGAGGCAGCUCUUCAAAUCUUUGCCGCUGCCGUGGACACCCACUCCGACUUUGAACGCGGCUUGGAGGAGGAAAGUCACCGUCGAUGUUCUGAAUUCUUUGUCGGCAGCGAGAUUGGCAAAGACAAUUUCCACCCAGUUUAGAGACAAACUAAAAUCGUCACACGAUGCCUUCCAGACUGCCUUGAAGUCUUUAGAAAACUAUUAUUCGGGGAAGCUAGAGAGAACCGAGGAGCAGAGAGUAGCUAUACGAAAGUAUCACGCGCCCAAGUUGGCGAAACUCGCGUUGGAGUCCACGUCGAUGAUGGACGCGAUUCGUUUCGGCAUUCCUCAUUACAGCAAGGAAAUUGGCAGAGGGCAGUACGGUGUGGUGUUUGCCUGCGAUGGUUGGGGCGGAGCUCCGGGACCAUGUGCGGUAAAAUCCGUCGUUCCACCAGACGAGAGGCACUGGAACGAUCUCGCGAUGGAAGUUUACUAUACCAGAUCGAUACCAGAUCACAAGAGGAUAGUGAAGCUUCGCGGAUCCGUUGUAGACCAAUCGUAUGGCGGGGGAUUUGGAUUGGGCACUGCAGUUCUCCUGAUCAGCGAUCGGUUGAGUCGCGACUUAUACUGUGGUAUACACGCCGGUCUUUCGUGGCUGGAACGUAUACAAAUAGCGAUAGACGUCCUGGAGGGAAUACGCUAUCUUCAUUCGCAAGGCCUGGUCCAUCGUGAUAUCAAACUAAAGAACGUCUUGCUUGACACGGAAAACAGAGCUAAGCUAACCGAUCUUGGGUUUUGUAUCACUGAAGCUAUGAUGUCGGGUAGUAUCGUGGGAACGCCAAUCCACAUGGCACCAGAACUCCUAUCCGGUCAUUACGACAGUAGUGUCGAUGUAUAUGCCUUUGGCAUCUUAUUUUGGUACAUCUGUGCUGGAAAGGUUCGAUUACCAUACGCAUUUGAACAAUUUCAUAAUAAAGAGCAAUUAUGGACAAGCGUAAGAAAAGGUCUUAGGCCUGAGAGACUGCCAUAUUUUGACGAGGAGUGCUGGACGUUAAUGGAACAAUGCUGGUCUGCAGAACCUUCCAAACGACCGUUGCUCGGUGCAAUUCAACCGGUGUUAGAGUCUAUUCAGGAAAAAGCAGAAAGAGGCAAGUCCUUGCAACUAGGUGCACUGAAAGCACAAGACAGUUCAUCAUCCGAACAAACAAAUCCUGCGCUAGCAUUAGCAGAGCCUAAUAAUCAAAGAGGUGCUGUAUUCAAUCCUCUUCCUCCUAGACGCAAGGCUUUUAGAACUGUCAAUCCUGUCGCAAGACCUUUCCACAAGACUAAAUUUUUCCAUGUUCAUGUUCGUUCCAUGAACAUGUUUGUUCAAAUGCGAGAAUUUUAAAUGCCAGGGGACCGUCGUCGUGCUAUUUACUCUGUUAUAGAUAGCUUAUUGAUAUAUUUAUUGCUUGGAAUGCGUUUGAUAUACGGCUCAUCAUUCUCAUUUUCAUUAAUCUGAUGAUAUCCUUAAUAGUAUUUUAUAGCGCAGUAUUAAAGUGACGAAUUUCACGUCUGAGUUACUUUAUCUUUUUUACAGAAUAUAGCGUAAUUUGUUUUGUCUUGUAGAAAAUCACACAGUACAUAUAAAGUAUGUGUAGCAGUUUCAAAUAUAAAAAUUAUUGGGCCGAAGUCAUUCCAAAUAGUAUAUCAACCGUAAAUAUAGAUUAUACUUUAAAUAUUUUGUAUAGUCUUAUAGAAAUUGUUACAUGUUUUAUAGUAAAUAAUGUAUAUAAGCAUUUGAUAUAAAUAUUUUUAUGGCUGGUUAACGAGAUAUAUUCAAUAUUUUUUCUUUUUAUAUGAAAACUUAUUUAUUGAUGUAUAGCAUUUUGAUUGUUCAAUUACUUCUUAAUAUUCCUAAUUGUGAUGACUACAUGAUUUUGUUAAGCCGGGAAAUAUGGAUGGUCAUGAAUGUAUAUUGUUGAAGAAUAAAUAAAGUUUCUCACUUUUGUA